AUGCUGAGUGUUGGAGGUGGUCGUUCGGCGGUUUGUCGAGCUGUUAUCGCAACUUCAAUAGUUUGGCUUCUUCUUGAUGUUGUGAUCUUAUUUUAUUAUUUGGAUCCGGCAACUUCGCAAAACGAUCAGAGGUUGGUUUGUGAUUUUGGGAAGAUUGAAAACAUUUAAAGGAACACACACCUGACGAGACGUGUCCAAAAUGGACACUGUACAUUUUUUUCAAAAGUCACACUGCAUUUUUUUCGAAAAAAAACUUUGUUUCCUUUUCAUCAACAUUUAACUUGGGGAAAUAAAUGCACAUUUAGUUCAGUGGUAGGCCAUUUUACUAGUGUUCAGAAGGCCCAGGUUCGAAUCUUCAUUCGAGCUAACUUUUUUUAAAUUUUUUCCCAACUUCAAAAUCAACUUCAGAUUGCGAAUUUUUCGAAGUUUCUCGGUGAAAAUCAACUCAGCAGACUUUGUUUUAGUGUGGUAACAUAAUGUGCAGUGUGGAAUUUACGUGACUGCUUAGCAAACCAUAGUGUCACUGAAAUUUCAAAAAAAUUGACUUUCUAUGAAAAAACUUCAAAUUCCACACUGCACAUGGGUAAAUUCAAAAACUACGCUUAAAAAUACACCAACUUUCUGAAUAUACCAACCCUUGAUAUGUGCUCGAAAAAAAUGCCGUCCGAUUCUUUGUAAUGUCCAUAUUUACCAUCAAAAUGGACACUUCAAAAUAACAGCGAAAUAGGGCAUUUCCACACUGCACUCAUGGUGUUCCACACUGCCUAUGACCUUAGCAAUCUAUUGGAAAAAAUCAACUAUAUCCGUUAAGCCUAAGCUUAGUUAUCCUAACUUCAAAUUUUGAGCAACGUUGCAACGCAUUCGUUUGAAAACAGUUUCCUUUCCACCAACAUUUUCCCCUCGGGAGAAAAAGAGAUGUGGCCGAGAGGAUAGCAUUUUAGACUGGCGAGCAUGAGACCAGGGUUCGAAUCCUCCUGCCCGCGGACUUUUUUCGAAAAACUUGAAAAUUUCACGCUGCACAUUUUUUUGAAAAAAAUUUUCACACUGCACAAAAAAUUUGGGACACUCUCUCGUCAGGUGUGAAGGAACACCAAAAGCUAAUAGUCACUCUAGCGUAUCCGAACAAACACUUCAGAACUCGAAAUAAUCAAUGUCAAUUUACAAAUGUUCGCAACAAAUAAAAAAAAAUUUGAAAAAAUGGUGAAGUUUGCGCCAAAAUAAAAAAAUGGGAAAAAAACCGUUUGAAUUCCCUCCUCAGAGGACUCAGAGCGAAAUGUGCAAACACCGUCACGGCAGAAUGCACACAAAAAAUUAUAUUUUUUAUUUUUUUUGUUUUUUCGGGAGUUUUCGCUUGUUUUUCACUUUUCAACGAUGAAUUCAUAUAUUUUUCAGUAAAUUGAUGUUGGCAAUUCUUCUCCCAACUGCCUCGAUCAUGUUUUCGACGGAGGAAUGCGGAAUUUCGUCGAUUUUCAGUCAAAAAGUGAGUAUUUUGAGAAAUUACAGAUUAUUCUCAUAAAUCACUGUUUUCCAGGCUCAUCAAUGUGAAACAUGAAUAAAAACUGCUGAAAAAUCAAAGAAAACCGUAGAAGUAGAAGAAAGACCCUGUGAGUAGUCAUGAAUCGAGGCGAAUUGGAGAGAUUCGAUGGAUUUUCAUGAUUUCAAGUCAGUUGCGACCGGAAGUCGUCAUCUUUGCCAUCCAAACUCAUCCAAAGCACUUCUUCGUCAAUAAUUCUGCUCAUCAAUGUUCAUUUCACAAUAAUUGUAUACAUUUACUCUAUAAAAAGCUGUUUUCUGUCAUUUUUCAAUAAAAUUUGAUGAAAACCGGUUUAUUUGUUAAAAAAAACGAAUUUAUCAGAGCUCCGACCAUUUAAAAACAACUGUAGGCGCUCGAAGUUCGUGGAAGUCAUAUUUAUUUUGAAUAUCAUCAGGCUGUGUUGGAGAAACGUUUUAGAUCGCGUGGAUUUAGUUGGGUUCGAGCAUUGACUCCCAUUUAGAUAUAAUAGAGAAAAGGGACUGAGAUCCCUUAAUCUCUUAAAGAGAAUAAAAAUGAGAGAACACAAGAACAAAAAACUACUAAUUUAUUAAAAGUAUAUAAAAGAAAGAAAGAAAUUAGGAUUUAAAUGGGUGGUUGUUGUGGUAGAAUGCUUUUGAUGUUAAUUUAGCGCGGUUUAGGCCAAUGGUGGCUCUAAAUGUGAUUGAAUUUCCUAGGGGGGUGUGAGAUAGCCCAAAUAUACAUGAAAACCCAUCGCACACGCGUAAAACGCGCAACCCGAAGACCAAAAACUUGAGCAGUCUCAAAAAAACGAUGACAAUUCUUCAACGGCGAAUGUUUUCCCGGAGAAAUUCGAAUAUUUGAAUGGCGGCCUUGCCGCCUCAACCCAACGAGACCCGAGCGAAUAAAUAUGUGUGCCUUGAAUCGGUUUUGCGCUCUCGUCGUCUGCGCGCUCUUGCAUCCACACACUAUUUCGCAGGAAUAAAUAAUUUCUCUCUUCAAACAACGGUUUUUGCUCGUUUUUCCUCAACUUUUCAGGUCUCUGGAGUAUAUGGUUGUCUGACGACGUGAUUAGCGUCUUCGCGAGUGCGCCGCAAUUUAUAUCAACUUAAUUAAGUGGGGAGAAAUCACUCAAUUUCUCACAUUCCCCCUCUACAUAAGAUUGCGAAGGUUACUGUAGUUUUCCUUGUUGAAGACGAAGUCAGUGUUGAAUUUCUUGUGGAGUGUUUCGGCGAUUUCGAAGACGACAUCAAUUCCAUUGCGACGGAGAGUAGGGGUGUCUUGUUGAACGAAUUUGAGUUCCAGAUUGAGUAGUGUCACAUUCCAUAAAAUCGAUCGACAUUUCCGUGUGUGAACAGCAGUCCUUCGAUUCAAUGUUCCAAUAUUGUUGUACCAAUCGUUGAAGUCGAUCCAAAGAUGCACAAUUUUUUGCUACCCCUUCUCCUGAUGUUCAGGAUACUGUAGCAAUUGAGGUGAUCUCUUCUGGAUCGCGAAUUUUAAGUUGUUAUGCCCUGAUGGCUCAAAUUUUAAGUAGUGAUGGUGAAUGAAUUUUUGACUAACAAAGAAUUGAUAAUUGUUCGAUUUUUUGCAAUCGACUUGGGUUGUCAAGUUUGUCCAAAUGAAUUGUUUUUCUCGUGGCAGUAUUAUCGCCAGCGUAGAUGAGAGUUUUCUUGAAAUUUGUCGAAAAAAUUCGAAUUUUCUUGUUUUCGAUGGUUUUAUCGAAAUUUGUGGGGUAUCCCUGGUUGAAUUGAAAAUGUGUGGGGGUAUCCGUGGGUAAAUCAAAAUUUGAGGUUCGAUAGAACCCUUCCCCCUCUACAUAAGUUGACAAAGUGUUGAGCGAUUUUGAUUCAUGGUUAGUAGGUGCAGUAAGUGCUAAUCACAUGAAUUGCGGGAAUUUUGAUUGGGUUGAUUUAGGGGAUGAAGUAGAUGCUCACAAGGUUGCGGAGUUUCAGAUUUCUUCAUCUAUCGUUCAUCAAUGUGAACGAAAUUAUGUUUUAUCCGAGCAGCAAUGAAAGGUGAUUGGCUCUGCCACAACUUCACAUCUUCCACGGCAUUUCUCCGGUGAUUCUUCUCUUGUUCAUUUUUUGCGAAAUCCUUUUUUCGCCCUUUUCCCUCAAUAUCCGAUUUGGACUUGAAGUCCUUUUGAAUUUGUGCGAUUUUCCGCCUCUUUUGAAUCGUGGCCAUAUUGUGCAGAUUCGAUUACAUGCCAACUAGUUCCAGAAUUUCAUCCAGAUCCGCCGAUAACCUCCAGGCCUUUGAAGCCUCGACAUCUCUUUCCGAAGUUUCUUCUAGUUGGACUUCUUGUACCAAUUCUCAUGGUCGAUUUCGAUAUUUGAGUUCCGACGACCGCAAACAUCUCUUCGAUUUGUUGGCUUGUAGGCUCGUUCAAUUCGAGAUUUUUCGCUCAGGAUUUUGGCUAUUUUUGUAGCCGUUAGUAAUAAUUCUGGUAUGUGAUGAAUUAUUUUGAAGUGCUGUGCACUGAUGGUUGUUAGUUUUCAAAGUUGUUGGCUUUUUUGAAAACUUUCACUGGUUAGUUGAUAACCAUGGGUGUUUGAAUUUGAUUUGGCCCUUGUUGAAAUCUUCCAAAAGAUAUACAUUCCACUCUAAGAGUUCUGGAAAUUCGGUCAAAAUGUCCUUCAGGAUCUAAUUUUCUUUUACCCAGCUUCUUGGGCGUCUCCAAUCGGGUUUUGAGCGAUGAAAUCCUUUGGUACCUGCCAAACCUCCCAAACUUCUUCUGAAAGUAUUUUUGGUUGAUUUUUUUGGCGUUUAAGCUGUCAUUCGUUCCAGUUGCUUUCCUGCUCUCUCUUAUCUACCCUGCUAUCCCCGGCAGCUCUCCAUUUUAACUGGGGGCUGAAGCGAGUGAUUAACUUCGCAACAGUGGAAUAGGAAGCAUCAGUUCCUAUCCCCAUAGUCUUACGGUCCGGCCUUGUUCACGCUCCGGAUGUAGAUGUUGGUUGAGACGGAGCGAGGAGGAAGAUGUUUCAUUAUGGUGUUUUGAAAUCACCAGUGUGUUUUGAAAUCACAAGGGUGUUUUGAAAUCACGCUUGAAUUUUGAUUAAACAACACUAUUUUAUUUGGCUCGCUGACAUUCUUGACUUGUUCAAUUUCUUCUUUAACUCUCCCCAACCUGAUUUUCGGUUUUGCCGAUUUUCAGUUUCUAACGUUUUUAGAGUGGGUUUCAGAUUUUUGAUGACUGGAAUUCCACUGGAACCCUCCCUAAAAAAUUUACCUUAACUUGCACAAAAUCCAAAUCGAUUCGAACUGUUCGACCACCAAUCACCCUCUCUCAAUAAUCGCAGACGUCUCCUUGAUUUCUUGAGCGGUUCUCUUCCGUGGUCCAAUUGGUUUUCAGCGAAUUUGGAAAGCCUGUAAAUUUUUUCGGGUUGACUCCCUCUGAGUUCAUGCGCUAAUUUCCUGCUGCUUCCCUAUCUCACCGCUAUCCCGGCAAAUUCUGGCGAAUCGGGGCUGGAACGGCUGAUCAGACCGAACUCAGUAGAUCGAUGAGACCGACGCUCUAUCGUCCAAUAGACUUACGCUCCGAAAUCAUGUUGAUUUCGGAAGUAGGGAAAGGCGAGCGAGGAAAAAGCUUGAUGAUGCAGCUGUGCUGCGAGUUAGUACAUGAAUCCUUUUUACGACAGGUUAAUUGAAGCUUUGCUUCAUGAUUUCGCGGAAUUUGGAUGAUUUUUGACAGAAAGGUUCAAGACUUUUGAAAAUUUUGGUAGAAAGUUUGAAGCGCUUUCGAUACCUUUAAAGGAAGUUCAAGGAACUUUUGAUGAAUCUCGGCAGGAAGCUUAAAGAGCUUUCGAUGCUUUUUGGCUGAAAAGUGUGAUGAACUUUUUCGCCUCCUGGCUGAAAAGUUAGAAGACCUUUCAGCGCCACUUGGUUGAAAGGCUUGGAGCAUUUUCGACACUUUUGGCAGCAAGUUUAGAAAGCUUUUGACAACUUUGACAGAAGAUUUGCAAAAACUCUCGAUCCAGCUUACAAAAGGUCUGAAGGAGUUUUGGUAGCUUUGGUAGACAGUCUGCAAAACUCGAGACAGUUGACAGCACGUUGAUCUUUCGAUAACAUUGGCAGAAAGUUCAAAGAACUUUGGUGCUUCUUGGCUGUGGAGUUCUGGGAACUCUUUGUGCCUUUGGUGCGAAGUUUAAGCUUGUAGGUCCUCUUGACCUUUUUCUUCUGUGAUCCAGACAUCAAUUCAUGAAUGAGAAAAGAGAUGUUGGAAAUUCUUUUGAUUUUUGGGAGAAUUCUUAUAAAUCUCUCGAAGGUUUGAAAGUCUUUUGAGACUAUUUGAAAUUCGCCAGUUCGUUUCAAAGAACGAAGCUUGUAUUCGAAAUGUUUGACAAUUUCCAAACUUCCUGUCCUCCAAGGGUCGCCAAUUUUUCGAAUUUCUCAAGAUUUUGGAAAUAUUUGCAAACUGCCAGAAGUUUUCGAAAUUUGAAAUUUCCAAUUCUUUGAAGGGAGAAAACAUUGAUUUUCUUUGAAUGUGAAUUUGCAAAAUCGGUCUUUGGUUUCUUCGGAAAUUGCGUGCUUGGCCAAUUUUCCCGGAAGAGUCAAACGGACAGCAGUUUGAAUUUCGCUGGAUGAGAUGGUUGAGCACUUGUUGUAGCGAGCCAAUUUGGAAGCUUUGACGGCGAAUCUUUCGAAAACAUUAUUGACGAAUGAGUUCAUGAUUGACAGAACCUUGAUGACGCUCCAGUAUUUGGUUGAACUUGUUUGAGAACACUGUCGAUGUAGGUGUUGUGAGAUCCUUUCUCUUGGUGUAUCUCUUUCUCACUCCAGGCUUUUGGCAGAUGUUUUCCGAAGACCUGCGACAUUUUGCCUCAAUUCGAUGAUAUUGAGGUCGUUUUGGUUAGUUUGGCGAACUUCUGCCCGCGAUUUGAGUCGUCUGCCGUUUUUCUUUGGGAUUCAGAGGUUUGAAUCCUCCAUACCAUUCCCCAUGCAAGACCGUGACUAAAACUUUGGUUUGCGUCUUGCGCGGGGAUUUUUAAGGUUUGGAGGCUUCUUGCCUCUUCAGAAUCUGGGAUUCUGUUCCUUCUAUUCACGGCUUCUGACUCUCAAACGGGUCUUUUUUCGUCGGCACAACUCCGAGAUCUAUUUGCCGUUGGCUUCCAGAGCCUUUGGCUUUCUUUAAAACUUUAUUGGCCUCUUGUGCCUCUAGUUUUUGUCAACACUUGGUCUUUUAGACCUCUGGUUGUUUUUUGAACUCCUGGUCUUCUGUGACCUCUGGUUCAGUUUGAACACCUGGUCUUCUUGUGACCUCUGGUUCAGUUUGAACUCCUGGUCUUCUUGUGACCUCUGGUUCAGUUUGAACUCCUGGUCUUCUUGUGACCUCUGGUUCAGUUUGAACACCUGGUCUUCUUGUGACCUCUGGUUCAGUUGUGCCGAUGUUCUCUUGGUUUAGGUCGUAAUGCACCAUGUAAAAUCGCGUGGAUUUAGUUGGGUUCGAGCAUUGACUCCCAUUUAGAUAUAAUAGAGAAAAGGGACUGAGAUCCCUUAAUCUCUUAAAGAGAAUAAAAAUGAGAGAACACAAGAACAAAAAACUACUAAUUUAUUAAAAGUAUAUAAAAGAAAGAAAGAAAUUAGGAUUUAAAUGGGUGGUUGUUGUGGUAGAAUGCUUUUGAUGUUAAUUUAGCGCGGUUUAGGCCAAUGGUGGCUCUAAAUGUGAUUGAAUUUCCUAGGGGGGUGUGAGAUAGCCCAAAUAUACAUGAAAACCCAUCGCACACGCGUAAAACGCGCAACCCGAAGACCAAAAACUUGAGCAGUCUCAAAAAAACGAUGACAAUUCUUCAACGGCGAAUGUUUUCCCGGAGAAAUUCGAAUAUUUGAAUGGCGGCCUUGCCGCCUCAACCCAACGAGACCCGAGCGAAUAAAUAUGUGUGCCUUGAAUCGGUUUUGCGCUCUCGUCGUCUGCGCGCUCUUGCAUCCACACACUAUUUCGCAGGAAUAAAUAAUUUCUCUCUUCAAACAACGGUUUUUGCUCGUUUUUCCUCAACUUUUCAGGUCUCUGGAGUAUAUGGUUGUCUGACGACGUGAUUAGCGUCUUCGCGAGUGCGCCGCAAUUUAUAUCAACUUAAUUAAGUGGGGAGAAAUCACUCAAUUUCUCACAAAACGUUCAAAAUCCGCGAUUGCAGGUUGAAAACGCAGUUUCCUACCAAAUUUACUUAUUUCGCCACGAAUGUUCUUCCAAUCUGCAAUCAAUACGUUUUGUUGAUAACCAGAAUAUCGAAUUUACUACUUAAAGUCGUCAUUUACUAUGAGAAACAAAGAAAAAAUGGAAAAACGCAAAAAAUAUUUUUCGAAAACAAAAAAACAAAAAGAAAACAACGACAUUCCGCUCGCCUGGUGUUUAGCGUAAAAGGCGUGGCAAUUUGAUUUCGAGUUUUUUUCAUUUUUCCACAGAAAAAUAUUUUUUUCUCUAAAAGUUCAGAAGAAUUUUUUCAUCGAAAAGUGAGUAUAGGGAAUGAAAGUAGGAGUAUUAAAGUGUCUGUUUUGGUAUGCGCGGCUUCAUCUAGCGAUGUUGACCUUUUAGUUUUUGGUGUUCCUUUAAAUUUUGCCUGAAAAUUUGGAAUUAAAUUGAAAUUUUAAUAAUUCAAAAAAAGCCGAAGACCGGAAAAAUACAAAUUUUAUCAGAAAAAGCAAGGUUUUUUCAAGACAUACUUCUGAAAAUUUAAUUUUUUUCUCAAAUUUCUGACAAAAAAUAUUAUAAAAAUUUAAAAAAUCCUCAACAGUUUUUUCUUCAGGAUUCUAACACGAGCCGAACGACUUGAGCCACAAGUAAAACAUUCAGUUGACAAUGACGUCAUAGAUAUACGAAAUCCCGUGACUCCUCAAAAGAUUGUAAUAGAUCCAGAAAUCGAACGACAACUCCAACAAUUAAUGAAUAAUCAAGCAUUCGAGAAAGGAUUUGAAGGUCAAGGUGGAACUGGUGUUGUAGUUCCAGAAGAUAAGAAGGAUGUUAAAGAAAAACGAUUCUUGGAAAAUCAAUUUAAUGUUGUUGCAUCGGAAAUGAUUUCAGUUAAUCGAACUUUGCCAGAUUAUCGAACACAGGCGUAAGUUAUUUGAUUGAAAGGAAAUUCUGAUUAAAAAACACCAAUUAUUUGUAGAUGUCGCGAUCGAUCCGAUAAAUAUGCCGAAAAAUUACCAAAAACUUCAAUUAUCAUUGUUUUCCACAAUGAAGCCUGGACAACACUUCUUCGAACUCUUCAUUCUGUUGUCAAUCGGUGAGAUUUUCCUGAAAAUUUUCUGAAAAGAUUUUCGAUAAAUUCCAGCUCGCCAAUCAAUUUGUUGGAAGAAAUUAUUCUUGUUGAUGACAAAUCGGAUCGAGAUUAUUUGAGAAAACCGCUGGAUGCUUAUAUUAAACGAUUCCCGGUAAGAUGAGCAUUUUGAGUCUGAAAAUGAGAUUUUUUGACUGAUUUCGAGCAGAAAUUUGAGUUCAGCGUGAUAUUUAGAGCAUUUUGAGUAUAAUUUUGAUGGGGGAUUUGAAAAUUUGGAAUUUUUGACCUGAAAUUACCAUUUUUGCGAAAAAUUAUGGAGGAGGGUCAAGUUUUUGAAAUUCCUCAAAACCAUAUCAAAUUGGAUGUUCACAAUCUGGAAAUUCCAUGGAAAAUUUUUUCCCGAUUUCUUAUGGAUUAUCGGAUGUUUUAUAAAAUUUGCGGGUUUUUGACACCCCACAAGCCUAUUUUUUCAUUUUUCUGAAAUUUUGGAGGAUUUGAGCCCUGAAAUCUGAAAUUUUCUAAAUUCUUCAAAACUAUAUCAAUUAUAUCAAGUUAGGUGUCUAAAAACUGGAAAUUUCAAGGGGAAUUCAAAAAUCACCGAGAAAAAUCAGAAUAAAUAAAUAAAUAAAAAUUCAGAAGACCCUCGAAAUUUUUGAAUGUUUUUUUUUCAAUUUCACGAAUUUCUUUUCAAAAUAUCCUGAAUUUUAAAAAUAUGACAAAUAUUUAGAUUUAUAUCAAAAUAUUUUUAGUUUUUUCCGACCUUUCCAUAAUUAUUUUUUCCGCAGAUUCCCGUUCAUCUUGUACAUUUGGAAGAGCGAAGUGGUUUGAUUCGAGCUCGAUUAACAGGUUCUGGAAUGGCAAAAGGAAAAAUCCUCUUAUUUUUGGAUGCUCAUGUCGAAGUUACCGAAGGAUGGUUAGAACCAUUAAUUGAUCGAGUUGCUGAAGAUCGAAAACGAGUUGUAGCCCCAAUUAUUGAUGUCAUUUCUGAUGAUACUUUCGAAUAUGUCACCGCUUCUGAUACAACUUGGGGAGGAUUUAAUUGGCAUUUGAAUUUUAGAUGGUAUCCGGUUCCGAAGAGAGAAUUAUUGAGAAGAGGAUCUGAUCGAUCGGUUCCGAUUCAGUGAGUUUUUUAAAAUUGAAAAUUAUAUCAAUCUUUUAUAUUGAUGUAGGACUCCAACAAUUGCUGGAGGACUUUUUGCGAUCGACAAACAAUUUUUCUAUGAUAUUGGAAGUUAUGAUGAAGGAAUGCAGGUUUGGGGAGGAGAAAACUUGGAAAUAUCAUUCCGUGUUUGGAUGUGUGGAGGAUCUCUCGAAAUUCAUCCGUGUAGUAGAGUUGGACAUGUUUUCCGCAAACAGACACCUUAUACUUUCCCUGGUGGAACUGCAAAAGUAAUUCAUCACAAUGCAGCAAGAACUGCUGAAGUUUGGAUGGAUGAUUACAAAGCGUUUUUCUAUAAAAUGGUUCCGGCUGCAAGAAAUGUUGAUGCGGGAGAUGUUAGUGAAAGAAAACAGUUGAGAAAUAAUUUGCAAUGUAAAUCGUUCAAAUGGUAUUUGGAGAAUAUUUAUCCGGAAGCUCCAUUGCCGGCCGAUUAUCGAUCUUUGGGUUCGAUUUCGAAUCGGGCUGAUCAGAAAUGUAUUGAUACAAAUGGAAAGAAGGAUGGACAGUCGCCUGGAAUGCAGGCUUGUCAUGGAGCUGGAGGAAAUCAGGUUUGUGUUUUUUUGAAUUUGGAAAAUCCAUGAAUUUUGAAUUAUUUUCUACGAUCUAAAUUUUAUUCAGAAAAUCCCCGGUUUUCGAAAUUUUCAAUUUUUCUCAAAUUUUACCCUGAAACCUGGAAAAAUUUAAUGAAAAUACUAACAAAAAUUUUUUCUCAAAAUGAAUUCAAAACUUAAAGUGAACUUUUUUGAAAUUUCAAGUAUCGGCGUCGAAAAAAAUCCACGUGGCUUUCAGAAUUUAAAACUUUAAAACUUUCGAAGCCAAGUUUUCAAUUUUCCAACUUUUAUAUCUCUUCUCCCACAGACAAUUCGAUUUUCGGAUGGUUUUACAAUCAAAAUCAAAGACACCGCCCCAGAAUAUGAACGCUAUCCAUUUUUAGCGAAUUCGCAGGUCUAGAUCCCCCUCGCAUGUUUUUUCUUUUUUUUUUAAUUUUCAAAAAAUAUUUGGUUCUGAGUGGGGUCCCUUUUAUUCUCCUUCUCCUCAAAUAUAAUAAUUUUCAGGCUUGGGCAAUGACUGGAAAAGGAGAAAUUCGAUCGGAUGAUUUGUGUGUUACUUAUGGAGCUGUUUUCCAAAUGGGACCUGAAGUCAGGUUAGAAAAAUGUUCGGUUAGCAAAAUUAAUCCGAAACAUGUUUUCAAAUAUGAUGAGAAGGUAAUUAAUUAGCCAGUUAAUUAAAUAUUUUAAUUAAAAAAAUACAUUUUUCAGUCUGGAAAUUUGAUUCAUGUGAAAACUGGUAAAUGUGUGACUGCAUCUGAUACAAAAGUCACAAUGGAUACUUGCGAAAAUAAUCGACAGGAACAAAAUUGGCAAUUGGAAGGAUAUCAAAAUUAG